GCUAAAGCUAUUGAUGUGAUCAAAUGUACUAUUUAGCCGUCUUGAACAGGGGUCUACUGUGAAUUCAAUUUGGUUGCGCCACAAGCUUUGUUUCCCACGUAAAUAGAUGGUGCUCUUUUUCAGUUUUGGCUAUUCCAUGGUAUUAACUUUGAACUGAAAGUUCUGAACAGAUUUCGGAUCUUUGAGAAAUGGAACAAGUAUUUAAAGUGUUUCUGCUACUGCUUCUAUGCCAAUCUCUGCUGGUAUCGGCACAGAGCUCCUAUGAGGAUUUUGUUUCCCUACAAUCUCUCACAGAAUCUUGGCAGAACAAACCACCAAGCUGGGUGGGUUCAGAUCCUUGUGGCAGUGGCUGGGAAGGAAUUCGAUGCACCAAUUUAAGAGUGACGUCAAUAAUAUUAGCAAGCAUGAAUUUGGUCGGCAAGCUGUCUUCAGAUAUCCAGUUAUUAUCUGAGUUAGACACAUUGGAUCUCUCUUACAACAAGGGCCUGACAGGAACAAUUCCGAAAGAGAUUGGAAAUUUGAGAAAAUUAAAAACCCUUAUACUGGUUGGUUGUAGUUUCUUUGGCAGUAUUCCCGAUUCAAUAGGAUCUUUGCAGCAGCUGAAUUUUCUAGCUCUGAACUCCAACCAGUUCAGUGGAAACAUUCCACCUACCAUUGGCAAUCUAUCCAAUAUUAAUUGGCUAGACCUUUCUGAUAACCACCUUGAAGGAGCUAUCCCAAUCUCUGGGCAAGGAGUACUUGGACUUGAGAAGCUGCUUAAGGCAAAGCACUUUCACAUGGGAAACAACAGGCUCUCAGGUGGAAUCCCAGCUCAACUUUUUCAUUCAGAUAUGAGUCUGGUCCAUGUGCUUUUUGACAGCAAUCAAUUAAGUGGCGGUAUGCCUAGUACCAUUGGGGUGGUGAACUCAUUGGAGGCAGUCCGUUUUGAUAGGAACCAACUAAGUGGAAGUGUACCUUCGAAUAUCAGCAAUCUCAGAAAUCUUAGUGAUCUGUAUUUAUCAAAUAAUAGGUUGAGAGGUCCACUGCCAGAUCUUACCGGAAUGAAUCUUCUAACCUAUGUAGAUCUGAGCAACAAUACUUUCGAUUCUUCCGAUAUUCCUUCAUGGGCUUCAAGUUUGCCGUUGAUGACAACAUUAAAGUUGGAGAACACCAACCUUGGAGGGCAGAUACCUGUCUCCUUAUUUAACCAGCCCAGUUUAGAGACUGUGGUGUUGAAGAGCAACCAGCUCAGUGGCACCUUAGAUAUUGGCAAUGCCGAUAGCAACCGCUUAAAACUUAUUGAUUUGGAGAAUAAUACAAUCACUGAUUUCACGCAGAGAAACAUGAACUAUAAAGUUUCAGUUGUACUAGCUCGCAACCGGAUUUGCCUUGAAGCAGAAGCUUCUACUGAACGUUACUGCCAAGAAUCCCAAUCCAAUUCCAUAUAUUCAACGCUGCCAAAUAAUUGCUCACCUCCUCCUUGCAGUUCUGGUCAAAUUUCCAGUCCUAACUGCAAAUGUUCACAUCCGUACAGUGGAACUCUGUAUGCCAGAGCUCUUAGUUUCUCAGACCUUGGUAAUGGAAGUUAUUAUAAGGAACUCGAGCUGUCUCUGAUGACUGCUUUUCAAUCACAAAAUCUUCCGGUGGAUUCUGUUUCUCUAAGUAAUCCGUUCAGGAAUGCAUCUACUGAUUAUUUUGAAGUGUCCCUGAAAGUAUUUCCGUCUUCAAGUGAUCGUUUCAAUAGAACUGGAGUUUCAAAUAUCGCUUUUGUGAUUAGCAGCCAGCUUCUUAAGGCCCCAAAAUUUUUCCUUCCUUACUUCUUCAUUGCUGAUGACUAUGGGUACUAUGCAGGAAAUGAAUCAAAGAAGUCGUCCCAUAUAGGGAUUAUAGUUGGCGUAGUAGUUGCUGUUGUGGUCUUUCUGGCAGUAGCACUCCUUGCAGGGAUAUAUGUUGUACGUCAAAAGAAAAGAGCAAAAGGGUCCGCUGAGCUGAACCCUUUUGCAAACUGGAAACUGAACAAGAACAACGGCAUGGCUCCUCAGUUAAAAGGAGCACGGUGGUUUUCUUUAGAAGAGCUGAAGAAAUACACCAACAACUUCUCUGAAGACAACACAGUUGGAUCUGGGGGCUACGGAAAGGUUUACCGAGCUGUUCUGCCCACGGGAGAACUAGUUGCCAUCAAACGGGCUGCAGAAGAAUCCAUGCAGGGUGCUGUAGAGUUUAAAACUGAGAUUGAACUUCUAUCAAGGGUCCAUCAUAAGAAUCUUGUCGGUCUUGCGGGUUUCUGUUUUGAGAAUGGUGAACAAAUGCUGGUGUAUGAGUAUAUCCCAAAUGGUACUUUAAUGGAUAGUCUUUCAGGAAAGUCUGGGAUCAGAAUGGAUUGGAUGAGAAGGCUUAAAGUAGCCCUGGGCGCAGCCAGGGGUCUGGCCUAUCUUCAUGAACUUGCCAACCCACCAAUCAUACACAGGGACAUAAAAUCAAGCAAUAUUCUGCUUGAUGAGCACCUUAACGCAAAAGUCGCAGAUUUCGGACUCUCCAAGCUUCUUGUUGAUAGUGAAAGGGGGCAUAUCACUACUCAAGUCAAAGGGACAAUGGGUUACUUGGAUCCUGAGUAUUACAUGACCCAACAGUUGACUGAAAAAAGUGAUGUAUAUAGCUUUGGAGUGCUGAUGCUGGAACUAGUGACAGCAAGAAGGCCAAUAGAGAAAGGGAAAUAUAUUGUGAGAGAGGUACAGAACGUAAUGGAUACAACAAAAGAACUAUUCAACCUCCAUUCCAUCAUAGAUCCACUCAUCAACCAAGUAACUCCACGUGGUUUGGACAAGUUUGUGGAGCUGGCAAUGAGGUGCGUCAAAGAAUAUGCAGCUGAGAGGCCAUCAAUGGCUGAGGUGGUAAAGGAAAUUGAGAAUAUAAUGGAGCUCGCUGGAUUGAACCCUGCUUCUGAAUCAGAUCCAACAACAGAAGAAAUUGAUGUGGAUGCAAAUGGCGGCAAGUUACGCCGUCCUUAUGCCCAUGAUGAAGGCUUUAGCUAUAGUGGAGCCUUUCCUUCAACAAAGGUAGAACCUCAGUGA